AGGGGGAUCCGCACUCGCGCACUCACACACCGUCGGUACACAUUGGCGCACAGCCAACAGCGAAUUCGUUCGCCGGCUCUGAACAAGAACGCGUCGUCGCCGACAUACACAGCGUGAGCGCCAACCUAAAUCGAGAGGGAAUACCAUACAUAUAGAUAACGCACGGCUAUUAAUCCUACGGUCGUGGGCGAGUCGUUGGUGAAAAUGGCCGGGGAAAAGCGCAGCCAGGAUAAGGACGAGGUCUUACACGCGACGGCGGUCCUUGUCGACAUCGAGGGUACCACCACGAGCAUCAGCUUCGUGAAGGACGUCCUCUUCCCUUAUGUACGGCAGAAUCUAAAAAACUACAUCGAGACAAAAUGGGAGGACGAGGAGUUCAAACAGGACUAUGAAAAAUUAAAGGAGCAGGCAAAAAAGGACAGUGAGGACAAAUUAGAUGGUUUUGUAGCUAUUGCUGGAGAUAAACCUGAAGAACAGAAAGAGUCACUUUUAAACAAUGUUUUAUGGCAAAUGGAUAAUGAUCGUAAAACAGGUGCAUUGAAGCAAUUACAAGGACAUAUGUGGCGUGAAGCAUACAACACAGGAGCAGUUAAGGCUCAUGUUUAUGAAGAUGUCCCUAAGGCUUUAGAAGCGUGGACAAAAGAUGCCAAAAAAAUAUAUGUCUAUUCAAGCGGUAGUGUUGAGGCGCAAAAGCUUCUUUUUGGACAUUCCGUACAUGGAGAUUUACUCAAGUAUUUUAGCGGUUAUUUUGACACAGAAGUUGGUGCCAAACAAGAAAGUGAUAGCUACAAAAAUAUUUUAAAAAAGAUUGGUGAACAACCUUCGAAUGUCGUUUUUCUAACCGAUGUUGUAAAGGAAGCGGCAGCUGCUAAGGAAGCGGGAUUAUUAGCGGUCGUAGUAGAACGCGAAGGUAAUGCCGCCCUAACUGACGAAGAAAAGGUCAAGUACACAACUAUCAAAUCCUUCUUGGAUUUGUCAUUUCAAUCGUCUUCGAAGCGAGCAAAAAUGGACAUAACAGAUGAAAAAAACGAUAAAACUACAGCUGACAGUAGUGAACCAAUGGAUACUUCUGAGGAUGUAGAAAUGUCUGAAGUCGCCGAUAAAAAGACUGAAAAAAUCGAUGGAAAGGAUGUAAAUGGAUCAGAAAAAACACAAUGUUCGAAAAACAAACCGUCAGAAAAUGCUUCAACUUCAUUGACAAAAGAUGAAGAGUCAGUAGCAGUUGAGAAAAAUCCAUCAAAUAUGGAACAGGAAACUUCACUUGCUGAAGCUAAAGAAGCUAAUGCCAAAUCCAAAGAUACAGACGGAGAAGUAGCUGCUUCUGAAAGUGCAGAAAAGAUUACUGAGAAUAAUAUUACAACGAAAGACAACGAUAAAGUCACAGAAAAGACUGAGGAAAACUUGAAUGCGGCCAAGACUGAGAUUCCUCCGACUACCGAUGAUGCUAUGGACGUGUCGUUGUCAGAGUCUACAUCGAAGUCUGAAAAUAUUCCCACGUCUUCCGAAAAAAAGACUGAAGAUUCUACAAACAUUGUAAAAGAUACACAAAAAAAUGAAGUCAUCGACAAAAUUCAAACAAAUGAAAAAAGUGAAAAUAACGAGAAGACAGAUGAUGCGAUUGAAGCGAAGGCACAAACUUGCGACAAAAUUGUAGCAGAUAAACCCGAAGAAUGUUUGGCAGCUGAAAAAGAAAAAGAAAAGGUAAAGGAAGAAUCAAAAGCCGAAGCAAAAGAAAGCGUGGAUGUUGUAGCAAAAAGUGAACAAGAAGAAGUAACAAAAAUGGAUACGACUACAGAUGUUAUCGAAAAUGGGAAACCUCUAGAAGCAACCGAAGAAGAAAAACCCACAGUGUCGCCAAAAGAAAUGGAAGCGACAACUAGCACAACAGAGUCAAAGAAAGAAACAACGACACCAACUGAAACGUCCGUAGAAAAGAGUUCGGAAACAACUGCGGAACCCGAGAAAGUCGAAGAAAAAACGCCCCAAGCAAUGGAAACGGAAGAAACAGCGGCGAGCAAUGUCGAGAAAAGCGAGAACGAAGCUGCGAAGCAAGAAAAAGGAAAAGAAGAAGAGACAGUGAAAGAGAAUGUGGUAGACAAGAAGGACACAAAUACAGUGGAUUCAGAAAAGCAAAAACUCAACGGAGCCGCGCAAAAUGGAGAUACGGAUGUGCCAGUGUUGGAUGACAAAUUGCACAGUAACGGACUGAACGAAGGGCAAUCGAAGGAAACGACGAGUGAAGACGCUGCGGCGCAAAACGGUGAGCCCGAGAGUUCGUCAGAAACUAGUGCGGAAACCAUAAAAGUUAAAAAGGUUGUCGAUUCCGCCGUGGUCGACGCUGCCGGAGAACCCGACGUUGUUCCUCCUGUAGUUGUAGCGACAUCUUAACUUUGUUCUUAUACAGUUUAAGGAAGUCCCUCAUGCAUAACCCCAAUCCACAAGUACUUAUUCGCAGGUAUAAACUGACAUAAAUUGAUUCCAUAUACUUUACGUAAAAAAAAAAAAAAAAAAAAAAUCGUACUACGUCGAAAAUGUAAGUCGCUACUUUUAAGAUGCAGUUCAUAAAACUACCGUUCGUUUCGGCGACUAUUAACGAAAGAUAAAAAAAAAAAAAA